AUGUUGUCUGCUCCCGUUAAAUCGGCGAAGCGCAUCUCGUCCUUGUUUUCGCUGGGAGGACACAAGGAUCAAACCGGACCAGGAUCGCCUGCCUCGUCAGGAUUCCCCGAGACAAGCAACAGGAAACGCAGUAGCUCAAGACCAACUCGCCAUGUCUCGACCCCCAAUGCCGCCUUUUCCGAGCCCAGGACGGUCCCUACUUCUGCCCAAAUGGAGCAGCUCGAUCUGGAAAGCCUUCCACCCCCGCCAUCACUCCUGGCUGUGAAUCAAGACCUUGCGAGCAGCGCUCCCAGCUCGCCUGUCGACAGCCGCCCUCGCAGCCGGGGUCGCGAUUUCAGCCGGCCCUCCAGUUCGGCAGGUUUAGUUAUUCCGGGUUCCACUCCAGACUCUCGCCCGAGCACGCCAUCAAAACGCCGAAGUUGGAUGCCCGGUAUGGCGGGACGAUCGCGGGCAAGCUCGGUUGACAAGCGGCCCCCGGCCCCCACGCUGCCUAGCGCAUGGAUUGCUGGACUUGAUCAAAAAGUGGUUUAUGACAUGGGGCCCCUCACGAGAGGUGAUCAGGUCCCUGAGCUGUGGAACGAAGAAGGCGAUACCUAUGUCUAUCUUUUCCCUCACAAUACUGGCCGUUCGGCCUCGUUCAAGGUGGAUUCGACCGUUUUCGCCGAAUCUCCUUCCCUUACGUUCCUCGCCCGCGGCACUGACGCCAAAACCAACGGCCUUGAGCAACCUACUCGCACUCUAUCCCUCCAGAACCCCAUGUCUCCGCCCCUGACUCCGCAAGACCACCUGGAAGAUGAUGACAAUGACAGCUCGGGCAGCCAAAGAAUGGCCUUUGAGGACGGUGGUGAUGAGGAGCAGGAGUUGCACCUAUACUUGCCUAUUCCAUUAAACAGCGAUGUGUCUAACCCGCAAUGUCGCUUGUCUGCAGACGACACCGAAACCCUGCUCCUGUUCCGUAACCUGUUUGCCUUCCUCUUGGGACAGUCUCUCAUUGCUUCGCCCAAGUCAUCCUCUCUUUUCAGCAUUUUCAUGGAUGUGGCCGUGCUACUCGCUCGAUUUGAAUUUUCCAAUCUUGAUGGAUCGAACUUUGGUGAAACUGCCACCUCCAGUUUCAGUAACUACUGUGACGAAUUGCGUCUAGCCGAUGUGCGCAGGAGUCGUGAAAAGACCAUCGAGGCCAUUGUUCUUGGCGAACGCCUGCGAUACUACCCUCUCUACCUUGAAGGAUUUGUCCACGGAGUCGGAAAGCUGGACGAGAUCAAGCAGCUGCGAAGCCCGAAGUUCGGCUUCAUCCACCCCAUCACCCAGAAGCGACUUGAGCGUGGUUUCAUCGAUCUCGACACUCGUCUUCGAGGUCUCUAUGGCAAACUUGAAGACUUCGAUUUCCCAUCAGUCUUCUCUGGCAUCGCCAACUCGACAACUUCCGUUGAGAGCAAGGUCGUGCGCUUCAAGAACUGGAAGACCGGAUUCAUGGACUUCCGUCGCUUUACUAUGGGCUACUACCGCCAGAAGUAUGGCGCUUGGCCACCGAAGGCUCGGUCCAAGAAGAAUGAAUUCGAGGAGAGUGGCUUGAACCGUCUUCUCCUCCUAGAUCUUUACCGCGACUUUACCGACCUUUACGACCUUUUGGUCGACCGUACAGCACUUACCACCCGCACAAUAGACUCUUCCGGUGCCGGUGGUGACAACAGCUCCACAGACCCCAAGGACAUGACUAUUCGCGCCAUCCGUCAAGUGCUCAGCGAGUACGAUCGCAGUACCCCGCCUGUCUCGCCCCCGAUUCCCUUCGAUAUUCCGCAGCUGCCGUCCGUCCAACCUCUGCACCGCAAGCCGCUCGAUGCGAAGAAGGAGGUCAAGCAAAAUGGCAAGAAGCUCAAGAGUGCUGAUGUCAAUGCGGUCCUAAUGGGAUCUUACACCCGUGAGGCCAUGCGCCCGACUCCUUUUAUCGAGAGCUUCAUGCAGUUUGAACGCCGCGCUGCCAGCGGAAAGAGCUGUGCUGACUUGAUGGAUCUGCGUUGUGGUCAGUGGAUCUUCCUGUACGCGGUUAUUCAGUCUUUGCCCAUGCUGGUCGUGAGCGUUCCCGAGAUUCGUUUCACUGACGGUGUCGAAUACUUCCUCUGUGUCGCUCCUCGCGGUGGGGCUCCUUGGAUUCACAAUGACACAAAGACUGCUCGCAGCUGGUUCGGAGUUGCUGGUGGUGCUGGUGUUGUCAGCCUUCCCUCUGAUGUGGUCAUCAACGGAGUGGAAGGUGUCUACCGCCGCAGUCACUGCUGGCAGGUGGCUGAGCAGUGGGCUGAGGCUGGUCAAUUAAUUGAACCCCCACUAAUGGAAGACGCUUACGAUGAGAAUGAAUCCUCUAUCUCCUCGCCUUAUCCGGGCCAGCAGUCUUCCGCUGGCUCCUAUUCCGACCCCCAACCGCCCCCGUCGUUGAUGGGAGCUACCCACGGCGGUCUUACGCCUCCUCCUCCCGCCAUCCCUCGCACACGCUCACCCGGCGCCAAUCGGGCCGAGCACCGGCACUCUCUCUACCCAGGUCUCGAAGCCCUUCCUCUUCCUGCCGGUAUUGCUCCUAUCGAGCCUCCUGCCCGCCCUAUGAGCCGCUUCAACCCCAACAUGAGCUUUGACGACAUCCUGAGAGAGGUGCCUCAAAAAGGGAGCAAGAAGAAGCACUAA